AUGGGCAAGAAGCGCAUUUUAGUCGGCUACGGAGUCGAUAUUGACGCCGUUGCAGGUUGGCUAGGAUCGUACGGUGGAGAAGACAGUGUGAGCGACAUAAGCCGAGGGCUCUGGGCCGGACAUAUUGGUACUACCCGGCUACUCAAACUAUUUGAGAAGUACAACAUCAAAGCAUCCUGGUUUAUUCCAGGACACUCGCUGGAGACGUUCCCCGAGGAGUGCGCGCAGAUCCGUGACGCGGGACACGAAAUCGGGCUGCAUGGGUACUCGCACGAGAACCCAGCCAGCAUGACGAAGGAGCAGCAGCGCGAUAUUCUCGAUAAAACCUACAGGAUGCUCUGGGAUUUCUGCGGCAAACCGCCGCGUGGGAUUGUUGCGCCAUGGUGGGAGACCAGCGCAGAGAUGGUUGACAUGCUGCUCGCCUAUGGCCUCGAGUAUGACCACUCCAUGUCCCACGAGGACUGCCAGAUGUACUGGUUGCGGAAGGGGGACUCAUGGACCAAGAUUGACUACAGCCAGAAGGCGGAGACGUGGAUGAAGCCGUUGGUCCGGGGCGAGACAACUGGUCUUGUUGAGAUUCCAGGAAGUUGGUAUAUUGACGAUCUGCCGCCAAUGAUGUUUAUCAAAAAUUCGGCGAAUAGUCACGGAUGGGUUAAUCCGCGCGAUAUCGAAGAUAUCUGGAAGGACCAUUUUGAUUAUUUCUAUCGAGAAUACGAUGAAUUCGUGUUCCCUAUGACAAUUCACCCGGAUGUAUCUGGCCGACCCCAUGUGUUACUUAUGCACGAAAGAAUUAUCGAGCACAUUAAUAAACAUGAGGGUGUGGAGUGGGUGACAUUUGAAGAGAUGUGUGAUGAAUUUAAGAAGACAAACCAGCCUCCUCCAGGAGCAAUAUUGCCAGCUACUCCUGGCAGCAUUCUGGAGAAAAGUAGCAGUUUUCAACUUUAA